UGUUCGUUCCUUCCCAAGUCCCCCUAAUAGGCCCGUGGAGGAAGUACUCGCAUGCAUUGUACAUUCGAAGUGCUCUUCGGGUAUGACUUCGGACUUGUAUACAAUGCAAUGUGCUCUGUCAACUAUCUAUUCUAUGCAGCACUACGCAUUGUGCAUGCCGCUGUUUAUAUCCCCCUAUUCUUCACGCUUCCUGUUUGGCUCAUCAGAUCCCUCUACUAUCGAGCAGUCAUACUAACUACAUCCCACGGACAUAGCCCUGCUCAGCGCGGGAAUCCUCCUCUUCCUAAUCCUCAUCCACAUUCAUCUCAACCACAAUGCCCCCCCUCACCCGCUCCUCCUUCACCCCCCUCAAACGCCUCAAAGAAUCCGACCACGGCGGCCAAAACAGCGGCAUCUACCUCGUCCGCAACGCCCACACGCACCGCACCGCCAUCGAAAAGCGCCUCCCGCGCUCCGCCGUCGCCCGCGGCCUCGCCGCCCGCGAGGCCCGCGCCAUGCAGCAGUGCGCCCACCCCAACAUCAUCCGCCUGCUCUUCUUCGACCCGGACUGCAAACGCACCGGCUACGCCUCGCUGUUCCUACCGCGCUGCGAGCUCGGCAGCCUGGACCGCCUGACUGCGAACUUCGCAACCCGGCGCUGCGAGAUCCCCGAGGGCUGGCUGUGGAAAGUCCUCUGGGACGUCGCGCUCGCGCUGUGCUACCUGCAGCGCGGGGUCGACGCGCGGGAGAGCGCGCAGCUAGGCCGCCCCAUUGGCAGGGCGGAGAAGGCAGCGGGCUGGAACGGGAUUGCGCACCGCGACGUCAAGCCUGCGAAUAUCUUCCUCACGUGGAACGGCGGGCACGCGGACGCGAGGUACCCGACCGCCGUGCUCGCUGACUUUGGCGGCUGCAUCUCGUUAAGCGAUAUGGCGGCGAAGCCGCCGCAGGAGGCGAAGGAGCUGAGCCUGUGGACGCGCGCGUUCGAGCCGCCCGAGGCGCCGAGGUUUUCGGACGCGAGUGAUGCGUAUAGUCUGGCGUUGGGCGUGCAUUGCAUGGCGCUGCUGCGGGAGGUGCCGUGUGAGGACAAGGUGCUGCUGAGGGAGCGGCCGGUUGGGGCGGGGGGCAGGUAUUCAGGCUUCUUGGAGGGCGUGCUGAGGAGGUGUUUGCGGGAGGGGUGGCGGGAGAGGCCGGAUGCGGCGUAUUUGCCGUAUUUGGUGUGGAGGGAGAUGGAGAGGGCGGCGGGGUGGGCGAAGGGGAGGGGGGAGAGGGGGGCUGCUGCUUUUGCGAGGUUGCCGGAGUGGGCGUUUGAGUAGGUGGUGUAUGGGCCCUCUUUUGUACGCUGAGAUCAAUAUCUUCUUCUUCUUGGAUGGGUGGCUUCGUUUUUGUUUUCUGCGUG